CCUGUUCUGGAUUCUUGGAACAGGUAAAUUCAUUGGCCUACCCAAGUCUGAGCUCUAGGUCUGAACCCGCAUGGACCUGAGGGUGCACCGGGAAAAGAAAGGCUGACAACUGGACCCCAGGAAUGUCAAGGCCACCCUGGGCUUGGAGGGAGGAGCCAUGCCUCCACGCUCCACUCAGAGAGGGGGUUCAGGAUACUGGGUGGUUCCAGGUGAUCUAUUGCUUUCUGGAGUUUAAAGUUCAGGGGAUAAUGAAGUCCCACAGCUGGAAGGGGUGUUAGUGACACUGCCUAGCCCAACUCUCUUAAAAAUCAUAGCCCUACUCCUGCCUCCCCAAAUCAGAUAAGACAGGCAUAGGCUCUGACUGUUCCUUAAGUCUUAGCGGCAAUACUCUGGCCGGGUUUGUGGGGUUGCCUCCAGUUCCAUUGCUUUUGUAACAGGUGGCCAGAAAGCUUGGGGUCCCAUGAUAAGCGUUUCAGUUCUUUCCAGGAUGGAUCGAAAGAAGGAAGGAAGGAUGGAUGAAUGAAUGAGUGGGUGAGGGGAUGGAUGGAUGGAUGGAUGGGCCAGAGACUGGGAACGGUAAUCGCGGCCCGACGGGUCCGAGCCCCUCCGGAGCCCUAGCCCUCCUCCUGCUGUGGGGCCGCCGCUCCUCCUCCCGGGCUGGCUUGGAGCCCUGAGGAAGGGGGCGGGCGAGCGGGGGCCCUGGGGUGGCCAGGGCGCGGGGAGGGAGGACUGGGCGGUGGGGACCGAAGGGGAGGGAGGGCCUUGGAGACGGAGAGGAGGGACGGGCGGGGAGAGGGCCCGGCGGAGGGGCGGCGGACACCGCGGGAGCUCCGCGCGGCUGCAGCGCGGGCGGGAGCAGGGACGCAAUGUCGCUGCCGCCGCCUCCUCGCGGGCCGGGGCUGCGCCGCCGGGGCUGAGCCGCCGUCAGAGCCUACAGCUGAGCAGCCGCCAGGCGCGCCUGCGGCGCAGGAGGAUGGGCUGCGGCGGGAGCCGGGCGGAUGCCAUCGAGCCCCGCUACUACGAGAGCUGGACCCGGGAGACAGAAUCCACCUGGCUCACCUACACCGACUCGGACUCGCCGCCCAGCGCCGCCGCCCCGGACAGCGGCCCCGAAGCGGGCGGCCUGCACGCGGGCGUGCUGGAAGAUGGACUGUCCUCCAAUGGUGUGCCCCGAUCUACAGUCCCAGGUGGAAUACCCAAUCCAGAGAAGAAGACGAACUGUGAGACCCAGUGCCCAAAUCCCCAGAGCCUCAGCUCAGGCCCUCUGACCCAGAAACAGAAUGGCCUUCAGACCACAGAGGCUAAAAGAGAUGCUAAGAGAAUGUCUGCAAAAGAAGUCACCAUUAAUGUAACAGACAGCAUCCAACAGAUGGACAGAAGUCGAAGAAUCACAAAGAACUGUGUCAACUAGCAGAGAGUCCAAGCAGAAGGGUAGAUGGACUUCUUCUGUGUCCUUCAAGGCACUGGAUACCAUCAAAGAACCUUGAAGAAGUGGCUGCCCCUUGCUGGACCUGAAUGCUACUGAGUCCCUGGCAAGACUGUCUUACCUGGCAGCAAACUGCUGCCUGAUUUGUUGGGACCCUUCUGAGCCUUCUACUUAUCAUGUAAAUGUAUUGGCACAGUGCUUACGUAUGUUAAUAAACUGCAAAUGUGCAGUUCAGUUUGUCUCUUUGCAACUCCUGUAAUAGGGUCUGGUGUAAAAGUAGUGAGUUAAAGCUACAGGUCAGUUUAUGAAACAGAAAAGUAGAAAUGCAUUUCCGGGGUGAAAGAGUCACACCUUAGUACUAAACUCUCCUGCCCAUUAUUGUGUGUUCUGUUUCAGGCAAGCUUAUUCUUUCCUUCUUUCAUUUUAAAUAUUAUCAUUACAAAUCUUACCAGGGUCACUUAAAAGCUGGCUUCCAUCCAACUCUAAACCCACAUAUUGAAAAAAUCAAGGCAGAGAAAAAUUCCUUGUUAUCCUUGUUUCCUUAGCUUGGUAUGAGACAGAUCAGAUCCAGUUUCCCAUGGAUCAACCCACUGCCCAUAGCAUGUCUUUGGGAGGUGUCUGUGAAGCAGUCAUACCUGCUCCUCAUCUGCCUGGGAAGUCCUCCUAUUCUGAUGUCCACGUUGGCCUCCAGUCCUUAAUGUCACCAUGCUUGUGGCCAAUGCAUCCAAAUAAGGAUACCCCUCAGGGCUCAGCCAGACAUUGCAAUUUUGCAUAGCUUUCCAGUUCCCUUUGCUUGUCUUCUUAACUGUCUUCCCUCUCUAUUGGGGUCAUUUGCAAUUGUUAAUCAAAGAUUGAACACUGCGUAGGAGAAGGAGAUGAUCCAGAGACAUGUGGCAGCAUGCAUGGCUUCACCUUGGUCUCUCUGUUCACCACCCCAGGACUGUCAUUUUGGCAUCUGCAAAGGAAUCACUUUAGAAAGCCAGCACCUGGUUGAUGUGUAUUCACACUGACAUUAGAUUGAUGUGCACUGCAUUAGAAAUGAGGUAACUGACACAGAAAAAGGAUGUUUUGAUAGGAAUAAUUUUCUAGUAUGUCUUGAAACAUGUUCAUCUGGAUGUAUUUUCCUCCAAACUAAUGUAGCAGGAUUUUUCAAGGAUUGUUAACAUGCCUGGGAUUGGGAAAGAUAGGACUAAAGUUGUACCAAACUAUACCAAUAAAUUCCACGUUUAGCAGAAA